UUGCAGUUCGUGCCCUUGAACCCGCGGCCUAUGCUGCAGUCACUCGUCAAUGACGAAGUUCGCAUCCGCCUGAAGUGGGGCCAGGAGUACACUGGUCUGCUCGUCUCGGUCGACUCGUACAUGAACAUUCAGCUUUCCAACGCCGAGGAAUGGAUUGAUGGAAAGUCUGGCGGCAGUCUUGGUCAGGUCCUCAUCAGAUGCAACAACGUUCUCUGGAUCUCGGCGAAUAACAAAUCAAAGAAGGAGGAUGUGGAGAUGAGUUGA